UACAUGUCCAUCGCCCAGGUCGCCUGCGACCCUAGCCUCGACGCCACCGUCGGCACGCUCUGCGCCGCGGUCGGAGCGUCUUCUGCGGUGGCUGACGCGCUCUCGAACUCCGGGUCCUACACCGUCUUUGCCCCAACGAACGGCGCGUUUGCUGCCCUCGACCAGACCUUCCUCCAAAGCGUGCUCGCGGACGAUGCAACCGUCACCGCCCUCCUCCAGAAGCACGCCCUCGGCUCCGAGGUCCCAGCGUCAGUCGCGCUGACGCUCGAGAACUCCGCCCAAACCACGCUGAACGGAGAGGACAUCACGGUCGACGGCUCGACCGGCUCCGUCCUCGUCACGCCCAGUAUCCUCGGCGGCCCUUCCACCGUGAUCUCCGCCGACGUCCAGACCAGCAACGGCGUGAUCCACGUCGUGGACAAGGUGCUCGCUCUGGCGGCCCUGGUGCCUCCCCCGUCUCCGCCGCCGCCGGCGGCCCCCUGAUCGACGUGUGUGCUCUUUGAGGAGGGGGUGGGGGAGAAGCGCUAGUAUGACCUCGGCGAAUAGCUCGAAACGGAGGAGGCGGCGCCGAGGAGUCCAUUAUCGUACUCCCACCGGUCGCAUGAACGUCUGUAGACGAGCACGUACUGUUGCGGGGCGUGGGUUGAGGAUUGUCAAGCGCGCGUGCGUUACCCAAGAGCCAAGUCCGUCCGUCCGGAGCCCCCUCCAUGUGUCUGCGUGCGCUCCACAGUGUGCGUUGUCUAUUCCGGACGCUGACUCCGUGACUGAGCGGACUGCUGUGUACUACAUACUUGUUGUAGAUUC